AGCUUCCGUAGUCGGAUGUCAGGUCACGUGUCGAGGGCUUGCCCGUGGGGACCCCUCCACCCGGGCUCCCGCGUCACAUGACCGGCUUUGAGCAACAUGGCGGCUGCCGUGGUGCAGCGCCGGGGCUGAGCGACAGCAACCUCCUCCCCUCGCAGGUGGGAUCAUCGGUGGGACCGGAGCGCGGGCGGGCGCGGCCCCCCGGGACCAUGGCCGGGUCCGACACCGCGCCCUUCCUCAGCCAGGCGGAUGACCCGGACGACGGGCCAGUGCCUGGCAACCCGGGGUUGCCAGGGUCCAUGGGGAACCCGAAGUCCGAGGAGCCCGAGGUCCCGGACCAGGAGGGGCUGCAGCGCAUCACCGGCCUGUCUCCCGGCCAUUCGGCUCUCAUAGUGGCGGUGCUGUGCUACAUCAAUCUCCUGAACUACAUGGACCGCUUCACCGUGGCUGGCGUCCUUCCCGAUAUCGAGCAGUUCUUCAACAUCGGGGACAGUAGCUCUGGGCUUAUCCAGACUGUGUUCAUCUCCAGUUACAUGGUGUUGGCACCUGUGUUUGGCUACCUGGGUGACAGGUACAAUCGGAAGUAUCUCAUGUGCGGGGGCAUUGCCUUCUGGUCCCUGGUGACACUGGGGUCAUCCUUCAUCCCCGGAGAGCAUUUCUGGCUGCUCCUCCUGACCCGGGGCCUGGUGGGGGUCGGGGAGGCCAGUUAUUCCACCAUUGCGCCCACUCUCAUUGCCGACCUCUUUGUGGCCGACCAGCGGAGCCGGAUGCUCAGCAUCUUCUACUUUGCCAUUCCGGUGGGCAGUGGUCUGGGCUACAUUGCAGGCUCCAAAGUGAAGGAUAUGGCUGGGGACUGGCACUGGGCUCUGAGGGUGACACCGGGUCUAGGAGUGGUGGCCGUUCUGCUGCUGUUCCUGGUAGUGCGGGAGCCGCCAAGGGGAGCUGUGGAGCGCCACUCAGAUUCGCCACCCCUGAACCCCACCUCGUGGUGGGCAGAUCUGAGGGCUCUGGCAAGAAAUCCUAGUUUCGUCCUGUCUUCCCUGGGCUUCACUGCUGUGGCCUUUGUCACGGGCUCCCUGGCUCUGUGGGCUCCGGCAUUCCUGCUGCGUUCCCGCGUGGUCCUUGGGGAGACCCCACCCUGCCUUCCCGGAGACUCCUGCUCUUCCUCUGACAGCCUUAUCUUUGGGCUCAUCACCUGCCUCACCGGAGUCCUGGGCGUGGGCCUGGGCGUGGAGAUCAGCCGCCGGCUCCGCCACUCCAACCCUCGGGCUGAUCCCCUGGUCUGUGCCGCUGGCCUCCUGGGCUCUGCACCCUUCCUCUUCCUGUCCCUUGCCUGCGCCCGUGGUAGCAUCGUGGCCACUUAUAUUUUCAUCUUCAUUGGAGAGACCCUCCUGUCCAUGAACUGGGCCAUCGUGGCCGACAUUCUGCUGUACGUGGUGAUCCCUACGCGACGCUCCACCGCCGAGGCCUUCCAGAUCGUGCUGUCCCACCUGCUGGGUGACGCUGGGAGCCCCUACCUCAUUGGCCUGGCCUGCUGCAUGAAGCAGGGCCCACAGACGACCAGAUUGUGGUGCCCCAGCGGGGCCGCUCCACCCGCGUGCCCGUGGCCAGCGUGCUCAUCUGAGAGGCCGCCGCUCACCUGCCUGCACAUCUGCCACAGCUGGCCCUGGGCCCACCCCACGAAGGGCCUGGGCCUAACCUCUUGGCCUGGCCCAGCUUCCAGAGGGACCCUGGGCCAUGUCCCAGCUCCCAGACACUACAUGGGCAGCUCAGGGGAGAAGGUGGGGGUCCAGGAGGGGGAUCCCCCUCCACAGGGGCAGCCCCAGGGGCUCGGUGCUAUUUGUAACGGAAUAAAAUUUGUAGCCAGACCCCAGGUGCCUGCUCUCGUCUUUCUCUGGGUGGCCUCUGACCUUGUACCCCGUCUUCACACCAGGGCUCCCGAAGAUUGUGGGUCAUUCCUUGGGGCUCUGGGUGAGUCUCUGCCCUUCUAGGCUGAGUGACUGAGAUGGGGGACUGCUCUCCUCCCAGUGAGCUGGCUCAGUGUGACUGUGAGUCACGCCCCUGCUUCUCUGGAGCCUGUCCCUUGCCCCGCAGGCCUGGCUGAGGU